UUCCUCUUCCUCACCCUCUAUAUGAGGCUCCUGCUAGCUCUGGGCUCAGUUUGCUGCUGGCAGCCAGAGCAGCAGGAGCUGAGCAACAGGAGCAUCCCUGCACCUCAUCCCUGCAUCCCAUCCCUGCGUGGGCUCAGAUCCUGCCUCUCCUCUCUACUGCCAGCGCCAAAUCCAGGAGACGAGUGAAGCUUCAGGGAUCUUCCCAUCCACAGCAUCGGACGCUCUUGCAGCCACCCAGAGCACCCAGGGUGCUAAAUCGGGGCUGGGGGUGAUGGUGCCGCUGGGCAGCCCCAGUCUCGCCGUCUGUGCCUCCAGCAACCUGCGCCUCAUGGCCCCCGGCCGCGGCUCCCCCCUGGCCUGGCUGAACCGGGGCCCCGAGUGCCCGCGGGAGCCGGGGGUCGCUGGGGGACGAGUGCCCAGUGCUGUGGAGAGGCUGGAGGCUGACAAGGCCAAAUACGUCAAAUCCCAGCAGGUCAUCAACAGCCGUCAAGAGCCGGCACUGCGAGGCUGCUCGCCCCGGUUCUCACCCCGCAGCCGGCGCCUCCUCGCCCGUCAGCAGUGCAACGAGUUGUGUCAGGGCUCAGAGCUGGCCCGGGAGUCUCCCAGGAAGCUGCCGUGUCCCCAGUCCCCUGUGUCACGCCGGGCUGGCAGCAGGCGCCUGCUGAGACCUGAUUCCCUCAUCAUCUACCGACAGAAAAGAGACUGCUUGGGAGGAGACAAGGAGAACACCAAGGGUUCCGGGCUGGUGCGACGACUCUUCCAAGGGCCGCUCAGAGACAACAGAGACAAACCCCCCAGCUCUCCCCCACCCAGGGGGCUUCGCCAGGGGUCACCAGCCCCCCAGAGCCCCGAGACCCCCAUGCUGUGGGUGGCUGCAGAGAAGGAGGAGGCAAGGACGCUGGGCGCCAGCAGUGGCGGUGGCAGUGGUGGCAUCUUCCCGUCAUCUGGCAACCCCAUGGAGCAGCCCCCCCAGCCCCCCAGCAAGCAGGCGCUGACUCUGCGUGUCUCCUUGCCGCUCUCAGAGAAGGAGCAGUUCUUCAACUACUGCGGGCUGGACCGGGCGCUGGUGGAGGUUCUGGGGAGGGAACGGUUUGGGCCAGUGGGCUGGGACAACGCCUCAGCUCGGCUCCCUGGCUCCUGCGAUUCGGAACCGAGGCAGGCCUCGGAGGGCAGCGAGGGGGACACGGGGCCAGGUGAGGAUGAGACGGAUGCCCGACUGGGCUCCACUGUCUCGGUGGUGGAGCGCAACGCCCGCGUCAUCAAGUGGCUCUAUGGCUGCCAGAGAGCCUGGGCGGCUGCCAAGGAGUCCACUGUCUGAGCGAAGGCAGACCAGCUGGGGACAGGGACACCCAUGUGGGUCUCUCUGGCUGGAGGGUGUUCCCUCACCCUUGCUGGACAUGGCCAAUGGACCGGUGGCAUCCUUGGCCCCAGCACCAUGGAGCUGCUCCGCUGACUGGGAGGGCCAGCAGGUCUACCCACCCCCUUGAUGCCCUCCUCCCUCUCCAGAGCCACCAGGUCUACCCCAGACCCAGGGCUGAGCUCCUGCCAAGGAGCAGGUGGGGAAGGAGCUCCACAGAGUAAGUCUCUCCCCGUCCCAGGGCUCUACCAGGCUGCUGUCCCCUUCAGUGUGAUCCCUUAUCUCUAUCCUGAGCCUGAGCCUCCCACCAUGGGCAAUGCCCGGCCAGCAGCCCCCUCCUCCCCAGGAAAGGGGCUACUUGGGCCAGAGCUCAA